UAAAUUUUUGGUUAGAUUUUCCUUUAAUGAAAGAUCUUGUUUUUAUAAUUUUAUUGUAAAAAAAUCAUAAUGGCUUCCGAAAAUUCUGAUUCAGAAGAAGAAAUUUUGGUGUAUGCGGAGUUCAAAGACAAUAUCAAUAUAGAUAACCAUAAAAACUUACAUGUUUUAGGAAUUGAUACAAAAAGUCCAGUAUUUCAAUUGGAUGAUACUUUUUACAUAGGUAAAUUUGAAAAUCCUUUCGGCACAUAUAUGUUUUUUGGUGAAGAUCCUUCACCACGGAGCUUAGACCCGUUGUUUGAUAAACUGCCAGACAAAAGUCUACAAUACAUAUGUAAAACUAGGAAGUUUUUAACCUUACAACAUGCACUUAUAACUCCCAAAGAAGGCCAAGAAAAACAAACUGAGCAAUCGGAACCAGAAGAUAAUUAUAAUACAGCACCAAUAAAGUUUCAAAGUAUACCUGAAGCAUUAGAACAUUUUAGAAAAGAAUGGUGUGAUAAUAAAGAAUUAAUAAAGAAAUAAAUUAAUGAUAAUACAUAUUUUAUUU